AUGAGUGUCAGUUCUGCUGCCGAUCGAGAAAUCGAACUGGUUUCCAGAAUGGAUAAUGAAACCCCAGUACCAAACAAGAACAAUCCAGUCUUGUCCAGUCGAGACGCAUACGAGCUUGCCAGAGUAGGGAAACGAGAGGUUUUGAAGCGGAGAUUUGGGCUAACUAGUACUGUCGGGUUCGCCUGUAGCUUAAUGUUAACAUGGGAGGCGGUCAUUCUGAACAUCGGACUGGGGCUCAGGAAUGGAGGACCGGCGGGCUUGGUGUACGGCUACAUAGGGGUCUGGAUCGGGUUCAUAAGCAUAUUCAUUGCAAUGGGCGAGUUAGCAAGUAUGAUGCCUUCGGCUGGCGGGCAAUAUCAUUGGGUGAGUAUCCUUGCCCCGGACUCAUCCAGACAAUUUCUCAGCCACGUCACUGGCUCAAUUUGCAUCAUCGCGUGGACCGCAGCUCCCACAUCGGUCAUAUACGUGGCUGGAAGCGUCCUACAGAGCGCCGUUGCAAUGAACCACCCACGAUACGAUCCUAAAGGGUGGCAUGUCACACUUAUCAUGUGGGGUAUUCUGCUGAUUUGUACAGUUUUGAACACAUGGCUUGGAAUGAUUUUACCUGUCAUAGAGGUGCUCAUCCUCAUCCUUCACGUGCUGGGAUUCUUCGCGGUGCUUAUACCAAUUAUCUAUCUUGGCCCGCGCGCUGAUGCAAGGUCGGUCUUCCUUCUUUCAUAUAAUUUCGGUGGUUGGCAUGAUAUAACCUUGUCAACACUGAUUGGGCUCAAAGGGAUAGUUGCCGCAUUCUUAGGCACCGAUGGUGCUGUUCAUAUGGCCGAGGAGGUGGCAAAUAGCAGUCUUGUGGUGGCGCAUUCUAUGCUCUUCGCCAUCUUGAUCAAUGGGCUUCUCGGAUUUGCGAUCUUGAUUGCUUUCCUCUUCACCGCGGGCGACUUGACGGCAAUCCUGAAGUCCAACGCAACCUAUCCAUUUAUGUAUAUUUUACAAAGCUCGACAGGGAGCACAGGUGCAGCUAUUGUCCUCUCGAGCAUUAUCUCUAUACUCCAGGCUUGCGCUGGACUCGGAGCAAUGGCAUCCGGUAGUCGCAUGCUCUGGGCCUUUUCGCGAGAACGAGCCAUCCCAGGCUGGCGAUGGAUCCGUCGUGUGAAUCCACGCACUGCGGUCCCUUUUCACAGUACCUGCUGUAUAGUCAUUGCUGUUGGCCUUCUCAGCCUCAUCAACAUUGGUUCAUCCGUCGUGCUGAACAUCAUCUUAUCGCUCGUUCUCGAAGCUUUCUUUUCCUCGUACAUUCUGUCGUUAUCGCUGCUUCUAUACCGACGACUAAGAGGGGACAUUUUUGAACGAGAUCAGUGGCCUAACUCCAAUUCCUGCUUUGUCUGGGGCCCUUUCCAUCUGAAGGGAUGGAUUGGAACCGUGAACAACAUAUUCGCUCUUGUAUUUUGCGUCCUCAUGGUGUUUUUCAGCUGCUGGCCUUCGAACAAUCCCCCAUCCCUCUCGCAUAUGAAUUGGAGCAUUGUCAUCUUUGGAGGAGCGGCCGUGCUUGCAGUGGUGUACUACCUGGGGUGGGCCAGAAAGUAUUAUACGGGACCACUGAUCGAGGUGGAAGUUGCAACGGCACCCAUGGGACAAAGAAGCGGGGGAGGGGCAUUGUGA